AUCACGGGGAUUUUUAAGUUGUAUGUCAUUUUUCUGUUCCUCUUGUCCAGAGUCAGGACAGCCUGAACCACAGCUCAGCACAGGGAGAAGCUCACGGGAGUAUCCCCAGUAUCUUCUGGGAUGUUUGGCUUGGGGCACAUGAGGAUUUUACCAGGAAUGACACAACUGCUCUUUUAUAUCUAUUUCCUGCUAUAAACAAUUCCAUAGAAAGCAUUUCACAGAAACACAUAUGCAAACACACUAAAAGCAGGAAAACAAUGUGAGGACAUAAACUGAUUACAAAUGAUUAAUGAGGCAGUAAUUAGCCAGAGGACCAUUAAUGGGCUCUGAGCAAUUCAGAUAAGCACAAGGCACAUGCCAGCCAGGGAGCAUCACUCGUGACACCAGAGACAAAGCAGAGCUGGAAUCAGGGCUUGGCUGAAAACUUUGUCAGAGGAGGACAACAAAAAACUAUUUUUCCAGCACAAUAGACAAAAGACACAGACAAGUCACCCCCACCCACUGGUAGAACACAGAGCAGAUAGACAUGGAGCAUAGAUUCAUCCCAACUAGUUCCAAACGUUUUAUGUUAAGAGUGUAGUUGUCCCUCUUGGUGUCUGUUCCAACCUCCAAUUGUCCCUCUUGGUGUCUGUUCCAACCUCCAACAUCUGCAAGGUGUUUUUAUAUUGUUCUAGUAAUUACAAAUCAGGAGAUUUUAAGACAUUUCCAUUUUGGACAUGGGAACUGACAGAGCAAAUUUGAAAUUUCUAAACUAAUGUAAUAGUAGUAAGUCUGUUUUCUACUUUCCUGAGUCUUUUUAACAGCAUGAACUUGGUUACAAAGAGUUAUAUGAAAUGCAAAAGAAAAUUUUCUUUUUAAAGAUAAAUGAGUCUCACAGUUCACCAGCCUACUUCCAGACAUUCCUGCACUUUGAUACCAGCUUCUGCAACUGAGAGAUACUCAGGCUCCUAAAAUUUGGGGUCAUCCAAAAGUCCAUCAAGCACCACCUCGUGCCACAUCAGCAGAAACACAGCAGUGCUCAGGCACUUUGACAAAGUUUGCUUACGACAAACUUUCUGUUCCUCAGCAAAUGAGAACAAGUUCUUCUCACCUCAUCCCCUUCCAGCGAGUUCAUGAGAUUAGAGCCUUCCUGAACUCCUUGCCCUCCUCAUCUGCAGUUGUUUCAUUUCUUUCUGCUGCUCCUCUCUGGGAGGGAGGCAUUGGGACUUGGGGGCACGGGCAGUGUGAGCAUUCAGGUGCACUUGAGGCUACCAGUGUGGUACUGUGUGUCUUCUGCUGCUAACAUUGACCUCAUCUGGCUUUUUGGGAUCAGUGAUCUUUCCCUUCUUUCAUUCCUUCCUUCCAUGGGACUCUUGCUAAGAAACCAUCUGUAUUUUACUGCUCAAAUAAAAAGGCUGAAAGAAAUUAGAGACUGAGGGAUUUUGUUCAGGCGUUUUUUUCAGAUGAGAUGAAUAUUCACAAAAUCACUCAAGAAGGGCACAAGUGCACGAGGUUGUUUGGUGAACACCACAGGAGAGAAGAUGGUCCCACCCUCUAGGACACUGGUCUUGCUUUUAGUUUUCUGAUCUCUUUCAUGGACUCCUGAGAGGCCCUGUGUGGGCCUCAGUCAUGCUUUAGUUUGUACUGGAAACCUUCUGAUGACUAAAACAAACAGGACAAAAGAGUUAUCCUAGGCUGAAAAAAGAGAUACCCUAGGAUAAAGGAGCUAAUAACAAUUGGACAUUCAACAGUCAAAUUAGUAAUUUCAGUGUCAUUCUUCACUUCAUGCUGUCCGGUAAGAAGUGUUUUUAAACCAAGAGCAAACUUCCUACCCAGAGAGGCCAAAACUGGUGAUAUAUGUACUUUAAUCAAAGCACUGCAUUCAGCACACCAAUGUCAGAAACAGGUAAUUCCUCCAAGCCUGUCACUAUCUAGCAGAGCACUGUUUGGAGAACGAUGAAAUUGCUUUCAUCUAAGAGACUUCUAAUUUAAUAAUAAUGGUAGUGUCUGGCUGUCAGAGUGGUCUGCUAAUGCCAUGGAGUCUGCUUCCGGACAGGUAUUGCCCACUGAUAUUAUCAGUCAUUGUAAACUGUCUUGGCUGGGAAGUCAAUCAUUAACUCUGGUCCCCAUGUCAUAAAAACAUCAUAUUGUAAGAGCACGACUGGCUUAAGGCUCUCACCAAUCAAUCAGGCAUACAGCAGGAAUACAGCAACACAUAAAAGGAGCCAGAGACUCAGGAAAUCCUUCAGCUAAGGGGAGACAAGCUGCAUUGAGGUUUAUCUCCAUGGAGAAAUCCACUGACAAGCCAAACAAGGAAAACAGAUUGUCAGCUGGAGUACUGCAGGCUGAGGCAGACAGUCCAGCGCCCGUGGCAGGAGGUGCUGCAGAAAUGAGCGGAGCAGGAUCUGUAACACAAAACUCAAAACGUGAAAAGAGAGUGGGAUUCACUGAAGAGUGUACUGAAGAAAUGGAGAAACCUUCAGGAGCAGAGAGAGACAGUCCUGCUGCCUUUAAACCAGCAGUUUUGCAACAAGACUCUCCAAACUCAAGGCCGCUUGCUGUGCUAACGGACACAAACUUUCCCGAAAUGAGCACGUUGGACCUGAACCACCAGUGCUCAGACACAGCCACCCCGGACAUGGACUGCAUGAUCUGCUUCAACAAGUACAGCAUCUACAGAGUCCCAAAGCUCCUGGACUGCCAGCACGCCUUCUGCGCCGUCUGCCUCAAGCUGAUCCUCAGGAAAGAGGAGAACAGCUGGACAAUCACCUGCCCUCUCUGCAGAAAAGCCACCUUCGUGUCAGGAGGGCUCAUCCGCACGCUCCAGAAUAAAGAAGAUAUCCUGGAGCGCUUGGAGAACCUUGAUUCAAACCCUGAGGUGUACAUCUGUGCCCUAGGGCUGGACGGCAACAGCUGGACCCAGAGCAGCCAGGACAUUUUGCACACAGAGGAAACCAGCCCAGCACACAGCAGCCUGGCUGUGCAGAGACUCCUGCUGCUCCUGCUGCUCGGGGUGAUCCUCGCCAUGCUCAUCCUCCCCUUCAUGUACUCAGGGAGGGUGAAAUGGGUAAUUUGUCUCCUGCUUACUUUGGGGUUGCUCAUGUCUAUGGUGCUUUGCUGCACUCCUAAAUUCCACUGCAGGUGCAAGAAGGACUCCCCUGCCUCCUGUGACAAGGAGAUCCAUGUUGUUACUGUUGCCUGAAACAAUUAACCUGCCGGUCCCAGAGAUCAGGGACUGGGCCAAGGUGCAUGCUGGGCACACCAGUGAGUUUUGGACUUAAAAACAAACUCUCAGAGAAUAAAUUCAACAUUUGGCUGAGCUGGCUCAAUGCCAAUGCACACUGUUGUUAAAUCUCAUUACUGCAAACAAAAUGAACUAUUUAUAUGUUGAUAUUUAUGUGGUUUUAUACUUUUUUUUUUUUUUUUUGUAAUUGUGUUGGUUUGCUUUUGCCAUUUUGUUCAUGUUUGUGUCCCCUCCUGAUCAGCCCUGCAGGAUGUUAUCUGGAACACCUGGGAGGUGAUGUCCUGCAAAACCCCGGGGGUUGCUGCUCGCACUCUGAAAACAUGGACACCUUUCCUUGGGACAGAGUGGGAAAUAAGGCUGCUAAAUCAGGGAAUGGGUGUUUGGAAGAGAGUUUUUUAAACCCAGAUUAUCACCUCAAUCCCUGGCAGGGAUGGGAAAAGGAGAUGUCAGUUGAUGUCAUUUGAAGUUACACAUAAAAUUGGAGAGAAAGAGGCAAAAUCAACACUCCAGAUCUUGGUUUGUGGCUUGCAAAGGGCAAGGCUCAAAAACCUCAUCACCCUCCAAAUUGCCCACAUUAUUUAGCACUGAAAUAGUUCCUCUCACCUUAAUUCCUUUAUCUGGCAGCCUGCAGGCCUUGUCUUCUUGCCCCCUUUACAUUGCCCUAAAGAUGCUCACAGAGGUGAACAGAAACCCACUGACUGCUGCGUCACACCACGCGUGAUAUUUUUAAAUGGAAUGUCUCCAUUAAAUU